AUGGCUAAUCGUUUUCAAUCGCCUCAUCUCCUUUGGUGGAUCAUUAUUGGUAGUGGAAUUACCAUCGUGUUUCUUUUAGCUUAUCUUCCAUCGCUGUUACCAUUGCAAAGUUUAGGAGGUCUCGGUAGUUCCCUCUCUUCGUUGAUGGUAACCUAUCACGCUCUUUUUGUCGUUGUUUUUUGGUCGACGGUGAUUGCUCAUAUGUAUGAAGCAGUUGUUGCUCGUCGAAUUUGUCAACAACUUCGUCUUGAUCAACAAUCGACUUUCUUAUGGAUGAUACAAACAUUCAUUCUAGGUUUUCCUUCAUUGAUGAUACUCAAAGGAUAUGCUCGACAACGUUGA